AUGACCAGUUACGUUGCUCAAGAGAUCAAAUACGAAGGUUUGCAGUACGAAAAUGGUUUUUUCACCAUUGCCAUCGACAUCGGUGGUUCAUUAGCCAAAGUUGUCUAUUCGCCAGUGGGCAGUCAAAGAUUGCGAUUCCAUAGUAUAGAGACGGAGCAAAUUGAUGCCUUCAUACAAUUGAUACAUUCUAUCAUAGCAGAAUCCAAUGGUGGACAAUAUUCUAACGUGAGAAUUGUGGCUACCGGAGGCGGUUCAUUCAAGUUCUUUGACUAUCUAAGUCAAGAGUUUCGAUCCGUAUCGCAAUUGAUGAGGUUUGAUGAGAUGGAAUGUCUUAUCAAAGGACUGGACUUCUUCAUACAUGAAAUCAAGGACGAAGUGUUCACUUACAAUGAUACCGAUGGUACCACAUCGGUAGACUCAACUGGUAAUAACGUGUACCCAUACUUACUAGUGAACAUUGGAUCGGGUGUCUCCAUACAGAAAGUGAGCAGUAGAGACAAUUUUGAGAGAAUUGGUGGUUCGUCGUUAGGUGGUGGAACACUUUGGGGACUCUUGUCCUUAAUUACAGGCGCUGGAACAUACGAUCAAAUGUUGGAAUGGGCCCAAGAAGGCGAUAAUAAAAAUGUGGAUAUGCUAGUUGGCGAUAUAUAUGGAAAAAGCUACGAUAAAAUAGGACUGAAAUCCACUCACAUUGCUAGUUCUUUUGCUAAAGUUUUUCAGGAUAGGAAGAAUGACACUAAUAUAAACACAACUGAUAACGUUACAACUACCAGCGAUAUUGAAAGUCGGAAUAAAAAAUUUAAAAAUGAAGACAUCUGUAAAAGUUUACUUUAUGCUGUCUCCUAUAACAUUGGACAAAUUGCAUAUUUACAAGCAAAGAUACACAACGUGAAAAACAUCUAUUUUGGUGGUUCUUAUAUAAGAGGACAUCUUACUACAAUGAACACGUUAAGUUACGCAAUAACUUUUUGGUCUGAAAACGCAAAACAGGCAUUCUUCCUGAAACAUGAAGGCUAUCUCGGUGCAAUGGGCGCAUACUUGAAAUCCAUGCAGGGUAUAUAG